AUGGCUACUGCUGUUGGCCGCACACCAUCCGAUGUCGCUUCAUUCGGCAAAUUGGCAGAAGGCGGAUUCAAUCGUGUCUUUGAGGCGGUCUUCAACGACGGCAAACGCGUGCUUGCCAGACUUCCAUAUCCAAGCACCAUGCCUAAGCAUUAUGCAGUCGCUAGUGAGGUGGCCACCAUGGAUUUCCUCCGUCUGCAGGGCAUACGGACACCUAAGGUGCAUGCUUGGUCUUCGACACAGAACAAUGGAGUUGGCUCUGAAUAUAUUAUCAUGUGGAGACUGGACGGCCAGCCCCUUGGCGCCACAUGGUACUCACUCACUUCGAAACAGCAACAUAAAGUAAUAAAGCAGAUUGUUGAGCUGGAGACCCGGCUGAUGUCAUUAGACUUUCCUGCCUGUGGUAGUAUAUACUACCAAAAGGAUCUUCACUCCGAAAGAAAGACUCCGCUAUCUGGACAAAAGGAAUUUUGCAUAGGACCGAUAGCACAUUAUAGUUGGUGGCAUGGAGAGAGGAGCAGGUUGGAUCUUGAUCGAGGUCCUUGGUCUUUGUCUGGUGAUAUCUUGCGUGCUGUCGGUGAGAGGGAACUGACAUGGUUGAAAGCUUGUGGGACGCCCCGUCUUCCCUAUGAGCGGCUAUAUAGAGAGAUCUACAAUUUCCACAAGAUGCCUCCCGAUGAGCAUAUCAACAAUCUUUCAGACUUCUUGUUGUUGGUCCCCUGCCUUGGCUUCAGAGGUGAUUCUAUAUUAGAAAGGCCCGUCAUUCGCCAUCCAGACUUUCAGCCAAACAAUAUAUUAGUCUCAGAGAACCAUGAUAUCGUGGGGUUGAUUGAUUGGCAGCAUAGCUGUGUUCUUCCUCUUGGUCUCGCGGCUGGAAUCCCCAAGCAUUUCCAGAACUAUGGCGACCCAGCUUCGGAGAACCCCAUCCAGCCGCAGCUUGAGUACCCCGAGGGUUAUGACGCGAUGCCCUUAUCUGAGCAAGCUGAGAUACGGGAAGUCUUCCGGAGAAGACUCGUCCACUUUCUUUACGCUGCGUUCACUCUCCGUUUGAACCCGGCACACUACCAAGCGAUCUUCAAUGACCCUGUUAUCUUGCAUCAACGCCUCUUGGAAAGCGCGGGAACUCCUUGGGAAGGAGACUCGGUUUCCCUCAAGGCGGGGCUGAUUCGCAUCACGCAAAGCUGGCCAAGCCUACGGACUUCUAGUGCUGUUGCAGCAAGAAGUGAAGCAUGCCAUGCACCUCCUCUCAGCUAUCCGGAGACGGUUAUUAGUACUGUUCUUAAACUGCAUGAGCAACAAGAGGAAGCUGACAUGGCGAUGAAGGAAAUGCGAGACAUGUUGGAUACAGACGAACUAGGCUGGGUGCCAAAUGACCAGUAUGAGGCAGCGACAGAAAUUGCUGGUGAGAUGAAAGCUAAGAUGCUCGAAGUCGCCGAGACAGAAAAUGAGAUCAUAGCAGUUCGAGAUCAUUUUCCUUUUGAAGAUUUUGAUGAGAACUGUUGA